CAUGCAUAAAAGAGAGUGAUCCCAUUUCGUUCAUUCACUGUUUGUUACUUCUCCUCUCUUGAACAUUAUGGCCGGCCGGAAUGCAAUCCCGCCGGCGGUGAUUUCCACGGUCUUGGUCCUGCUGUUGUUAUCAUUGGCAUCGAGUUCUUCGUCCGCCGCCGGGAGGCCGGCCGGAGGACCCAUCACGUCGAUUUUCAGCUUCGGUGACUCCAUCGCCGACACCGGGAACCACUGCUACCUCCUCUUCCGGGCCGGAAAGCGUGCCAACAACUGCUUUCUCCCCUACGGCGAGACCUUCUUCCGCCGGCCAACUGGCCGCAGCUGCGACGGCCGCCUCAUUAUUGACUUCAUCGCUGAGCAUUUGGGGCUGCCGCUGGUGCCGCCUUAUUUCGGGGGCAGCGCCGGUAACUUCCGCGGCGGGGUGAAUUUCGCGGUGGGGACGGCGACGGCGCUGCACACCGACUUUUUGACGGCGAGGCUUGGUGUUGAGAUAACCACCACAAACGUUUCUCUUGGAGUGCAGUUGGAUUUGUUCAAGCAACUGCUGCCCUCUCUCUGUGGGGACAGUGCCCUACGCGCAGGUUGCCGCCACUUGUUCAACAACUCACUGUUUAUAUUGGGAGAGAUUGGAGGGAAUGACUACAAUUUACCCUUGACCGAUGGAAAUCGCUUCAACGACAUUCAACAACUUGUGCCCAUUGUCGUCGGUUACAUUGGAUUCGUCCUCAGGGAGAUCAUCGAGUUAGGGGCAGUCAACAUUCUGGUCCCCGGAAACUUCCCGAUUGGGUGUCUACCCUUCUACUUAGCAAAGUUUCGCGGUUCAAGUUCAAUGGAAUAUGAUCCUUUCACCGGUUGUCUCGCCCAGCUCAACAAACUUUCGGAGUAUCACAACGAGCUCCUACAAGCCGAAUUGAGUCGCACGAGACGACUUUAUCCCGACAUCAACAUCAUCUACGUCGAUUAUUACAACGCCGUUUUACGUAUAUAUCAAGCACCCGAGCAAUUCGGGUUUACUGGCAAAACUUCGAAAGCAUGUUGUGAAGGAGAAGGGUCGGUCCAAUGUGGGAGCCCAUCAGUGAAGCCCUGUGACGAUUCUUCCAAAUACGUGAACUGGGAUGGGCUUCAUUUCACUGAAGCAACUUAUGGAUCGGUGGCCCGGUCCAUACUGGAAGAAGGCUUGUUCACCCACCCUUCUUUCAUUCUCUCGUCAUCUUCACGUAUUGCUAGGGAUUCAGGGGACUACUUUCCCAAUUCCUUUUGAUGCCACGUGGAAACAACCAAGCAUGAAUCCAUUAAUCCAACAUCCAACCACUCUAUUUGGAUUUUGAGGGAUGCAAAAAAUGGCUCAAACCUUUCCUUCUCCGCCGCCGGCAUUCCUUCCAAUACUUCUCUCCGCCGUCGUGUUACUCUUCCCGGCCACCAUCUCCGCCUCCGCCGCCGCCGGAUCUGGAUGCUUCACAUCAAUCAUAAGCUUCGGCGACUCCAUCGCCGACACCGGCAAUCUCUGCGACCUCUCCCCGCCGCAACACCUCCCCCACAUGUGCUUUCCCCCCUACGGCAACACCUUCUUCCACCGCCCCACCGGCCGGAGCUGCGACGGCCGUUUAAUCAUCGAUUUCAUCGCUGAGCAUCUGGGUCUUCCUCUGGUGCCGGCUUCUUUCGAUGGCCGCCGGGGGGAUAUCGCGACCGGCGUCAAUUUCGCGGUGGCCGGGGCUACGGCGCUGGGCGUUGAGUUCCUGAAAAACUGGGGGGUGCCUGUGAUCACGACCAAUGUUUCUUUGAGAGUUCAGUUGGAUUUGUUCCGGGAGCUAAUGCCGUCGCUUUGCAACUCCGGCGACAGUUCAGGCAAGUCUGCUUUAUUAAUAUCUUGCAAUAUUUAUUUCAGGAAGGAAAAUGGUGCUCUAGGCAAUCUCAAGUUGUAUACAUUUGAACAAGCAGGAUGCAAUGGCGCAUUCGACAACUAUCUUUUUCUGAUGGGCGAAAUCGGUGGCAACGACUACAAUUAUCCAUUGAUGCUUCCAAUGAGCUUCGAAAAAAUCCAACAACUUGUGCCCAUUGUGGUGAACUCUAUAGGGUUGGCUCUCAGGGAUGUAAUUGAGCUGGGAGCUGUACACAUCAUGGUCCCCGGAAAUUUCCCAGUUGGAUGCAUACCCGUUAUGCUAGCCUAUUACUCGAGUUCGAAUCCUCGAGACUACGAUCCUUCCACAGGAUGCCUUACGUGGCUCAACCAGUUUGCCGAGCUACAUAACGAUCUUCUCCAAACCGAGCUGAGUCGUCUGAGGAAGCUUUACCCCCACGUCAACAUCAUCUAUGCCGAUUAUUACAACGCCAUGAUGCGCAUCUAUCGUUCGCCACAACAAUUCGGAUUCACAGGUGGAGUUCUGAAAGCAUGUUGUGGAGGUGGAGGGCCUUACAACGUCAACACGACGGCGAACUGUGGGAAUCCUGUGGUGAAGCCUUGUGACGACCCUUCAACGUAUGUUAACUGGGAUGGGAUUCAUUUCACUGAAGCCACCUAUAGAUUGGUUGCAAAGUACAUUUUGGAAGAAGGUUCAAUUGUUGAUCCUCGACUGGGCGCCUCAUCUUGUGCUACAAUGGAUUCCAAGGCCCAAGUAUUAUGAGUUUCCUAGUUUGUUUUUUUUGUGAUUACGAUGUUCACUAUUUGGAUGUCAAAGUAGGAGACAAAGAACAAGGAAUGGUAUCUCAUACAUUGAAGUAGUUGUCCGUUUUGGACAUACCGUCGCACGAUUUUACUUUUGGAGUGCAUUAUGAUAACUUUCUCAGAUAUCACUCAGCUUUGCACUGUCUUAUUAUGCCGAGGUAACAAAAAAACAUAUCUAAUAACUUGAGGGGGC